AUGAAACACUCUUCCCGCCAAUCACUAGAAAGAUCGGGACAAAUAAUGAAUACUCCAUUCAAAGUGGCUAGACUCUUUAUAAAAAAAGAUAUUACACGACCGGGACCUGCAUCCCACCGCAAGCCUGGUCGGUACCCGGAUGGUUCAUUAAGCAUGUCAUGUAUUCGAGCUGCGCAAGGCUCUUCAGUAUGGUCUGGGUUUUGGAAUGAUUAG